GUCGUUUUGAAGCGGAAUGUCUACAGGAAUAGAGGACUGUACCACGAAGACCACGGAUUUAGGGAAAGUACCGCCCUGAUUGUUGCUAUAAAAGGGAAGUAGACUUAUUGUAAUUAAUAAUGGCUUGAUAUUCAUUCGCAAAAUCUUGAAGAUGGAUUCCAGACGACGGCGCAAAAAGUUAGAAAAGAAUAAAAAUAAGAUCAAGAAUAAUGAAAAAACACAGAAUAAUGCAGAAAAAGCAGGCUCAACAUUUCCUGUUUCUAAACGAGACAAUGAAAUUGCAGCCCUUCCCUGGGUUGAAGUAGGAGCUUACUUUAUAUUUAUAUGUGUAAUGAUGUGCAUAGUUAUGCAGGAGUUACACCGAGAAUCUAAAGCAAAAUUCUUUAAAUUGAAGCGCUACAAUUUUGCAAAUGGCUGGAGAAUAUUUGGUACUAAAAAGGAUAUAUCAGAUACAGAAUGGAACCAUUUUAUAAACCUUCUGAAUCCUGUCAACAUGCUUGGUAUUCUGGGCUAUGUUCUACUAUCUCAUCUACUUCAACGACAUCUUCCUCAGUUCAGGAAAGUAUUCUUAUUGUUAUACAGUGUAAUUGGUUUGUUCAUCAUUCUAUCCCUGCCAACCAUGCUUCUCCUGGCGGCUCACAUCAUCUUGAUGUUUGUCUUGGCCAAAACUCGUAGCAAGUAUUUGAUAUGGGCUGGAGUGUUUUUCCAGAUCUCAACCCUAAACUUCACCAGUCUGAUGUCACCAAUUCAAAAAUUCUUCACACAUGAGGACUACUACGUGAUGGUAAUAAUUGUUGCCAUGACGAGUAUCCGCUGUAUGAGUUUUGGGCUUGACUACUGCGAGGAGCAUACCGAAGCCCCACAGAAGUUCACUUUAUUUGACUACAUUACAUACGUGUUCUAUUUACCAACAUUCAUGACGGGACCACUGAUGUCCUAUGGUCAGUUUUAUCAGCAAUAUAACCUAGCUCUUCCUUACGAAUACGGCAAGAUUGUAAAAGAGACGUUGUACUACUUCUUUUGGUGCUAUUUUCUGGAAGUUGCUCUGCAAUUUCUUUACUUCUCAGCAAUUCAUAAUGAGCAGUCUGUUUUAUGGAAAAUUUCACCACUAGCAGUUGGUGCAUCAGCUCUGUGUCAUCUAUACUUUUUCCAAAUGAAGUAUGUUGUAAUAUAUGGUCUUUCACGAUGCCUUGCUCUAGUUGAUGGGGUCAAUGCCCCAAAACCACCCAAUUGCAUAAUGGCCAUGUACCAAUACAGGGACAUGUGGAGAUAUUUUGAUAGAGGGCUCCACCAUAUCCUUAUGAAGUACAUCUACUUCCCAUUCGGUGGUUCAAAACAUGGUAUUGGACGUCAAAUUCUUGGUGCUUUCAUGUGUUUUCUGUACGUCUGUUACUGGCAUGGGUUCAACCGUAACUACUGCUAUUGGGCUUUAUUUAACUGGUGCGGCAUCGUCUUUGAAUCUGUCAUCAUCAUGGUUUCAAGCCUUAAGUCUUUCAAUACAUUUAUGGGCUUUAGUUAG